UUGCAGACUCGGAUGCGUUCAUGAAUGGCCUGUGACUGAAGUACUAUUAUGUCCAGUCAGCCAUAUCUCACUCGUCAAACAAACUGCACGUGCCACACUGCCUCAUGAACAGGACAGAACACUGCAGGCAAUGUGAUCGAAUCAGAUAAAUUUCUCAGUUCACAAAUAACCAGGCCGGAUUGUCGAGCGCCCUGUGAAAGCCGAGAAAGUGAGAGACAGGCACAUACCUGUGCACAUACAACAUGGACACCAAGCAUGCAAGACAUACCUGGCAAGCCACUCCCCCGGCCCAGGGGAAGUACACAAGCCAGGCGGCCCCAAGGGGUCGCAUGACACGACACCAUCGAACGUCCCUGCCUGGUUUUCGCAGGGCUGCUAACCGUUUCCGUGUUCAUGGAGACGCGAUGAAUGAAUGAAUUAAGUCACGGACAUGUGUGUGAAUGUGCGCGUGUUCAUUGGCGCCAAAUCGAAAACGCGUACGUUACCAUGCACGAUGGAUGGCGAGUCAUGUGACUUGAAUUGCAUGUGGACACUCACAACAAAACCAUCGACGGACCCAACAACAUGAAGCGAUGCAAUGCUGUCUAUCAAUUGACGCGAUCUGUCUGCCAAUUGGAUACAGCCUGCCCACGCGCCUCAUAGUGGAGCAACAGCAUGAACGGCGGGCAGGGACGAUUGCCCUCUCAUCAGCGUCAGCACGACGCUUCCGUCCCCUUACAGGCGCAAAAAGUCACGAAAGAAUGCACGAAUAGACAAAUAGGCCGGCCGUCAUUGCACGUCAUACGUGCAAGCGUCACACCGACAACGGACGAAGAGACCUGGAAAUGAAGCAGGCAGGCAGAAAUGACCACACACAGAAUAACACUGGAGCUGGCAGCCGAUCUCUUCUGACCUGCAGCACACGGGACGCGCGGCUGAAUGUAGAAAUGCCGACAAGUUGAGUGCCGCGAUCGGAGGCCCGCAAACAAUGCCGAGCUCACGGACGAUGUCCGUCGGUUGCCCCAUGAAUGUUUGGCUGCAAAGAGCGGCUAACCACGGAAGGGAUAGGCCUCUUCUGCACGAAAACACAAUCAGAACACACAGACAGCAACAAGCCAUUGGUGUCCUUGCAUCCUCUGUCUUCCGUCCUGCGUACCGCAAAUUACGAGCACGGGGCAGUCUUGAAACAGACGAAUACGAUUUUCCACGCCGUCUCGAGUGAAAUUGACACUGAUAGUUAACGGAACACUUCGAACAACGAAGCCGCCGCGCCCUUGGGUCUCGUUUCUAAGGCGCUCGAUCUGGUCAGGGAAGCAGUCUAGGGCUCCCUCCUUGAAUUCGCCGGAGACCUGGAGGGGGGAAACCUCUGUCACAUUGAAGCUUUCCUUCAGUUCGCUUUCGGUGGGCGCAAUGCGGGCGAUAGUACUGAAGGGCAAAGAGACCAAACAGCAAGACAGUGACGAACAGGAAUGCCAACGGAGUGCUGCUUGGUUGAUUUGCAUGUCACCUGAGGUCGAUGCCGUCGAUCGUUGUCAGGGCCAUGAUGUUUUGGGUCUCGCCGUCAGGUGGUGGUGGGGGGGUGGCGGACAGAUCGACGGUAUCAACGACGAUGGGCUCAUGGGAAAGGCACUGAAUCUGAACUGGCGGGGCUGGGAGAAAGAGACGAGACAGACACGCGUAUAUCAAAAGUCAGACCCCGUAGAUGUCUCCGGUUCAACUCACAUUGUUCAGUCCCGAUGCCGCACACCUCUCUCAAGGGCCCCGUUAUUACAGAUACCCAUUGCGAUAAGUCCUGUCCCUCACUGAACCAGGACAUUCUGAAGAAGCUCCAGAGAUCUGUCACGUUGUCAUUAUCUGAGUCCCGGACCUGAACAUCAAAUGCAUCAGAGGACGGACAUGAGCAUGAAAGCUGGUCUUUGUUGGUAUGUCUACCUAUGCCCACCUGCAGCGCAGGGACGGAGAAUACGGUUUGUUGACGGCUCGAAUUCGUCUUCGGAUCAUACUCACUUGAGUUGAAAGUCCCAUUGGUCUCGUGCGUGAACGUUUGGGUCACAUUCAGGUAACACUCGUCGCUGGCAUUGAGAACCGUGUACUGCAUCUCUCCAAUCGGCGCGCUUGAGGUGAUCAGCACCUCCGGAAAAAGGACUCUUUUGCGACUUACACCAGGCCCCACACUCUCAAUCACGGGGGCAAACGUCGUGGUCUUCUCUUUUCCUCGGCUGAGGGCCUGGUUUUCUGCUGGGUCGAAGGAGACGCCACCGACAAGUGUGCCUGCACAUACAGCAAGCACACACGUAUCAGGAGGGGAAUCCAUGACAGGCUGUUUUCUCCGUCCCUGGCUUAUGUAUGCACCCACCUUCGACGAACAUCAGUGUGCCUUGGCAGUCUUCAGGCCACACCUGCUCCACCGUCCCUUUGAUCUCCACAUUUGCAAAGCCCACCUGCGGCUGAUCGUUGCCCGAAUAAUUGACUGCUGCUAUUCGACGAUCCAGGCUCCCCACAUCAUAGCGAAUCCUCACUUGGACAUCAGCCCACUCUCCCUCGCAGCUGAAAUAAUACGUCGACUCGUCUGUGGGCGCGAAUUUAUCAGUAGGAGAAGUGUUAGUCUCUCGGUCGACUAUUAGUUGGAGACACCAUUGGUCGACAGGUGGUGGGUCGAUGCCGUCUUCGAGAGCUGAGCUGUUGUACUUGAAAUCCGUCAUGCGGUAUGUCGACGGCUGGGCUGUAGGCGGGGCAGACAGAUUAGCAGCGGGGCAUGCCUCAACUGAGACACAAACGACAGGAAUGUACACAGCAGACAGGCGAGCUCUCUCUGCUUUCUCUUGCAGCUUACAGCACUCAAAUCCCAUCAUGCAUUCUUCUUCCCAAAUGACUUUGAACCCCUCUUCAUCCUCAUCAAAUGCCGCUAUCGUGUCAUUGCACCGCAUAUCCGUGUCUUUUUUAUUCACAAAUUUUACGCUUGCCACGAUGUUGUGGUCGCCUUCCUUGGCUUUUCCGUCAUGUCGACAUGAGAAGUUACUCAGUUGCUCUAUUUGUACGGCAACGCACGUAUCCUCUCCGAGAACCCCCCCAUUGGGCGCAAGAGCGACGGCCGUGAUCUCGCCGACGAACUCCGGGUGCAGAAGCUCCUUAAGGAAUUCCACGCGGCCAACCUGGUCAAAGCCGGAGGGGAAUGUCUGCAGUCUUGGUCCUCGACAAUUGGCCAACACUCAGAGACAGACAGACAGACAGACAGACAGAUGGAAGAGGAAAAUAUGUCGCAUGUUAGUGCUUUUGCUCCAUCUACCUUCUCUAUCAUCGAUCAAAGGGCCUGAGAAAACGACAGACAACCAGAUUGAUCAAACGGCCUGACAGAUCUCCUGAUACUGAAGGGUACCUACCGAGCGAACCCUUCAGUAUCAAGUCAAGCGACGUGCCCGUCUCCGUGUUCAAGAGCUCAAAAGACCGAAACGGCGCACUGGGAUCAGUGCCGAAGGUACAAAGGACCGACACAGCAAGAGAGAUGUUCUCAAACAUGGGAUCUGACACAUUGCAAUUGGAUAAAGUGUCAUUGAGUAGCUCCGGCGUAGCAAGCAAAAAGUCCCCGGUCAACACGCUGGCGAAGGACAGGUCUGGCGACUUGUCUCCUGGCUGAAAGACGGGAAAGUGAAUCGUUGGAAGGGCCUCGCCGAGGAGCGCUUCUUGGAGGUCUUGACCUAGACGGAAUCCCGACUCAAGCUCGCUCGACGCUACGUUAGCAGGCGGGCGCUCUUCCCGAUACUUGUUCGCAAGCUCGAUGCAGAUCUCACUGCACUCCCGAAACGCCUUUCGAUUGUCUAUGGCAAACUCGCUGGCCUCCAACGGGUUCUGAGACAGACACACAGACACCCACACAUGUGCUUGUACCCUCGGCUGGUGCACGUACCCUCCGAGUGGUUUCGCUCAUCGGGCCUCUCGCGUAGCCUGACGUGGCCAUCGCGAGCCUGCCGCCUGCGUUCGUCCCCCCCGACGUCACGGUGAAGACACGCUCGUUGAGCAGAGCAUCGCAUUCAUCAGGCACGUCAUCGGGGAACGUCAUAACGCCGAGGCUGGUGUGGGCGGCAGGUGAUAGUAUGGCCACGGUCCUUGCAAUGACGAGGUCGUCCUGCUCCUCGUUGCCGACGAUGAGAAUCCGCUGCGGCUCCUGGUAGUCAAAUUGCUGGGCGAUGAGAGACUCCGACUCGUCCACAUAGCCCGUCAAAGUGACCUCGAUCUGCGCCUCAAUGCCCUCGCACGCCGGAUUGCUGGACUUCUCCACAACCAUGACUCCUUGGAUCGUUGCAACGGCCGGUAUUAGUACGUUGCCGGUGCGAUUAGAACACAGCCCGGUCUCGGGGCAGUCGAAUUGGAGGGUCACGCUGACGCCCUCUGUCGUGUCGCACGAGAGGUCCAAGAAGAAGUCAUCGAGCCCACUAUCAUCAUUCUUCUUGCCCUGGAUCCUCAUGCAGCUCGACACACCGGUGCCCACGUUCUUGAUGGUAUCGAGGUAGGCAUUCGAGUGCACGUCUUCAAACAGAUAAGUGCCGGGCACCAGCUGGGCGAACGUCGACUCUUGCGGCACUGGAAACCGCUCGUUCGGCAGCCAACUCUGGUUUCUUGGGUCGGGCCCCAUGUCUUCCCUUCUCUCGACGACAGGCAGGCUGUCCGCACAGUCGAAGGGCACAGCGAAGCGGUUGACGGCAUUGAAGCACGGAUCCAGCUCCGCCGGGAAACACAGCGACGAUGGCUUGCCGCUGACGACACCCUUGGUGAGCCUGACAUCGCCUUGUGCCACCUCGGCCGCCUCACCGAACAGACCUCUGGUGUCUUCGAUGCAGUAGCAGAAGCGCGAGUCGCUGGUCCGCGCACAAAUAGGCUUGUUAGACGGGCAGCUGACAGACAGGCAGACAGACAGCAUACCGACGUUGCCAUCACGACCAAUCACGUGUGUGUACCUUCCGAGAGCUGCCGUUCCCAGGUCAGUGAUGUUUGUGCGAUUGACGCCGCUAGGCUCCCCGCACAAAAUGGACUGAUUCUCGCCCGACGCAGUCACGUCACCCGCCGUAUCUGAGCUCCUGCUAUUAUUCAAGCCGUCAUUGAGGGCGAUUUCCUGUUGGAUUUGUAGAUAGACUUCGACGUUCUCAUUGUACAGGCACUGCCCGAAGUUGCCCCGCUCGGGGUGGUCGACGAUGGGCAGCAGAGCAUUGGGCUCGCAUCUCGAAAGGGGCUCAGUUUGAAGGAAUUCUGGCAACGAGUUGACGGCUGAAAACAAACCGGGAAGUCAACGGAAGAAGCGUGGCCUCACAACGUGUGUCCUCGAGUGCUCACGUGGCAGGCAGUUCUUGUUGGCUACAGCCACAGGUCCGAAGGUAUUUCCCGAGAGGCAGGCAGUCGUGAACUGACCCACAGCACCUCUCCUCUCCCAGUGGGUAAGCACGAUGAGGAACAGGCACACGAGAAGCCACCCUGCCAGCAUACGAUUCGCUCAUUCAUCUGGCCUCCUGUCUUGAAGCAAACACAAACCAAUCUUAGCAAUCUGUUCUUGUCUGUCUCCUGAUCCUUGCGUGUACCUGUGUUCUUCAAUCUCAUCGUCC